GCUAAGCAGCGUGAGCGAUACACCAUGUUUAACGGUAGUAUCCCGGAGAAAUGCGAUGGCCCUAUCGACCUUCCCGAUAUCCAUCCCGGCGCUUUCGAAAAUAUGUUAAGGUAUAUUUAUAUGGAUGCGCGGAAUGAAACAGCAAGGAACGCUUUCCCCACGAUGGUGUGCGCCGAUAAAUACGACUUGUCUAUACUGGUCGACCGCUGCUUUAACUGCAUCUUCACUCACCUCACUGUGAAGAUUGGCGAUGCCAACCGUUACAUAAUGCUUCUGGAAGACAGGCGAUAACGUGGGGUGCUACUAUCGAAAGUGUGAUGGAAAACUGUUUGCACUUCGUGGACGUACACUGUGAGGAAGUCUUCCAGGCGGAGCGGUUCACCCAACUGCAGCC